AUGAGGGAGGUGUGUAAACUGGGGGAAAGCAUAGACUCAUGCAGUAAAUUGGAGAGAAAUUUGGUGGAAGUUAGACUUUCAGAUGGUGAGAUGAGUGGAAGUGGCAAAAAGCGCUCUUCAAAGUGGGAUUUGAGAGUUGAUCCUGAAUUUUCACCUGAGGAUAAUAAGCAAUUAAGGUCUGGGUGGUCCUCUGCAGAUGUUGCUGGUGGGAAUAGUUCGAAGUGGUCAUAUUUGGAGGGAAGUGAUAAAGUAAAGCCCGGUAUGGGAUUUUCAUCCAAGGAACCUUUUUCUGGAGGCAGAGGUUCACAUAAGGAAGAUGUUAUGAAUAAAGACUACGUAGGUUUGGAUGCAUCAAUGGAAUGGGAUGAGGAUGGAAACUACAGCAAGAAAAUGUCUCCUGGAUCUGAGGAAUGGAAGCAUAAGAGACAUAGUCAAUCCCCUCAAAAUGGUUGGAGCAGGUCAGUCAGGAGUCGAAGCAGGAGCCCUCCUCAUGGUUUUAAGUGGGAUUCAGGAGUCAAUGACAGAAACAGAAUGCGGGCUGGAGGAUCUACUCAACCAUGUAGAGAUUUUGCAGCUGGUAAAUGCAGAAGAGGCAGCCAUUGCCAUUUUCUUCAUCAUGAUAAUCAAAACCAUGAAGAUAGUUGGGAAAAUAAGUGCAGGGAAGAUGGAGCUCCUAGAUAUUCUACUCCCCAUGAGGGUAGAGACUAUUCUCUUAAAAGUGGCAGAUCUAAUGAAGCUUGUACUAAUUUUGCAAAAGGCAGGUGUAGAAUGGGAGCAUCAUGCAAGUUUGUGCAUCAUGAGAAUUCUGAUGGACAUGGUAAAGUUUCUGGGGAUGAAUUAACUAGAGAGAAGGAAAUUGAUAGAAGGCACAGAGAUACUUCAUUUGAGCAGGGUGGCGGGCAUGGGCCAAACCGAAGUGGUGAUACUCUUUGCAAAUUUUUUGCUAAUGGAAAUUGUCGAAAUGGUAAGUAUUGUAGAUUUUCUCAUGAUAGGCAAGCAUGUAGGAGUCCUAAUAGAAGAUUAAGAGAUGAUAGGUGGACAAGCAAUCCAGGGGGAGAUCACCAUAGACUGGAUAGAUCGAAAUUCAGUGAUUCAGAUAGUCCUAAUAGAAGGCCAAGGGAUGAUAGGUGGGGUUCUGAUGGUAACAAGGCUGAUGCAGAUAAAGUUUGGGAGAGUCCAAAGUGGAAUGAUACAGUUGCUGUCUCUGAUUCAGCAAAGCUGGUUGAGGACAAAAGUGAAAAUGUGGGUGCUGCAGAGCCAGGAUUCACUCCUUUACCUACAAGGUAUGGAUGGAGUCAUAGUUUGGAUAAGAGCAGAGUGCAUGGCGAGCAGCCCUUUCCAAGUGAUAAGAAGGAAGCUGACAGUUGGAUAUCAGGAAAUGCUGCAGCCAACAUGCAUGUUUCCCAGUCAAUAGGUACUGAUAUCUGGUUAGGUGAUACCAAAAUGUCUCCUGAUUGGCAUUACAGGGUGGGAUCCUCCAGCAGUAUUGAAGAAAAACAUGAACAAAAUAAGCGUGGGAUAACACAAGGUGGUACAUAUUUACCCACGUCUGAACAUGACAGAAUACAAAUUGCUUCAGGACAAAGCAUUAAUCAGAAUACUGAGAGUUUGAAUCCUUUGCAUUCUUCAAGCCGCCAGGCAGUUGGACAAAGUCAAUUACCAGUUCCAGUUCUACCUUCAAAGGGAGGAAUUAUUGAUGGAAUGCCGAACCAGGAAGUCUCUACUGAGAAGAAAUACACUUCUGAACCAAAUAUCAUGGAUGCAAGCUUAUCACAAGCUAGUUCAAGAAAUCCUCCUCCAACUGAGAACGUUGUUGGCCAAGAACAACUUGCGCAGCUUACCAAUCUCUCAGCCUCGCUUGCCCAUAUCCUUGGGUCAGGGCAACAGCUGCCACAACUUUAUGCUGCUUUAAAUUCUCACUAUGUAAAGGACACAUCCUCCCUAGCAAAGGCUGAGGUGCCUGCUGUGCCUGUUUCCAAUACGAUCAUGAGGCCAGAUCCUGUUCUUGGACUCCCAAAGCAGUAUGAUCCAAUGUGUGAUAGUGUUGAGCCAAAGAGUGCUGUUGCAAGUGGGGUACUCCCAUCCAUUCCUCCAAGUACCAAAGUUGCAGAAGAUGUAGUUGAAAUUCCAUCACAGUUGUCCAACAGUGCAAGACAAAAUCAUGGUGAUUCUUCUAAGGCUGCUCGCUCAGAAGAACUUGUCAAGAGUGAUCCUCUAAUCCAGUUGCAAUCAGGUCAAAGCACGGGGGUUGAUAAGGAUAAUAAUAAGGAAGUGUUACCUGGGGAAAGAUGCAAAGCUCGAGAUGACGCCAAAAGUACCAAAGAGAAUGGUCCUCUGGAAAACGUGGAGCAAACUGGAGGUCCUGAUGAGGCCAGGAAAACAAAGGAUUUGAAGGGGAUUCGUGCAUUUAAAUUUGCACUGGUUGAGUUUGUUAAGGAGCUUCUGAAACCAACAUGGAAAGAAGGUCAAAUCACCAAAGAAGAUUAUAAAACAAUUGUGAAGAAAGUCGUAGAUAAAGUAACCGGUUCCAUGCAGGGGGCCAAUAUUCCUCAGACACAGGAGAAAAUUGACAACUAUUUGUCAUUUUCAAAACCAAAGCUUAACAAACUUGUACAGGCGUAUGUGGAAAAGGUUCAGAAGGCUUAG